AACUAUUAUGCAUGUUUUCACAUUCAUGUAUCUUGUUAUAUAUAUAUGAGUUGUAUAUAUGUAUGUAUCUUCAUCUAUAGUUUUGUAGGUUGAAGAAGACCCAACAGAGCAAAUCGAAGAGGGUUCCCUGGAAAAUUACUCAAAUGAACGAAGACAAAUCUUUUUCGAAUCUUUCAAUGUCAGAGAAAAGAAAGAGGCUUAUGGCGAUGGUGGAUACGAGGAAAAAUUCAAAGAGGAAAAAGCUUGAGAUGCCUUACAUGCUUGAAAAGGGGGAAAAGACAAAUAGCAAGAAACCCAUCAAUGGAGGUACUAAAAUGACGAAAUCAAACUCAAGCACAUUAAAAAAAAAGCUCCAAAAUAGCAGGCGGAAAGUGAAGAAGACGAAGAAGGUAUCUCAAGUAGGUGAUCAUAAUCAUGUUGCUGCAUCUGCAUCUGAUGCUUCAAAUGAGCGCAAGUUUAAUUCAUCUGAAAUCGAAGAAUAUUGGGUCCCAGUUCAUCUUUCUCAUACGCAAAUGGAACAAUAUUGUUCCUUGUUAAAUUCCAACUUUGAGUCACUUUCAUCAUCUUUAAGGGACAAUUCUUCGCUCAAUGGCAUUCUCACACAAACCCAAAAGUGCUGUGAUCACCCGUAUCUUGUGGACCCCACUUUACGUGAAUCGUUGAAAAAAAAUCUUCUCGUUGACCAAUUGGAUGCUGAAAUCAGUGUGAGCGGGAAACUACAGCUUCUUGACAAGCUUUUGUUAAAGAUUAAAGAAUGUGGUUUGAGAGUAAUUGUUCUAUUUCAGGUAGCCUAACUUUGUAAUUUUUGUAUACUUAAAACUUUAAAUAAGGAUUAUAAUGUUAAAAAUAAGUAAAUAACACUUUUUUUGGUAACAUAUUACAGUCAGUGGUUAGUUCUAAAACUAUAUCGAUUGGAGACAUUUUGGAUGAUCUUGUUGAUAAAAGAUUUGGUCAAGAUUCUUACAUACGUAUCCAUGGAAAGAUUCUUUACAACCACGAACGUGAAAAGAGAAAACAAGAUUUGAAAUUGUUCAACAAUUUAGAAAAGGGAUAUAUACAGUAAAGUCCCAAUAUUUUCAUCGAUUUGACAAGAAAGUCCUAAACUUUAUUUUUUUGACAGUAAAGUCCAAAUUACCGGCAGUUUUUGACACUUUUACCCUUUUUCCCCGG